GCAUCCGCCGUGUGAGCCACAUCAAGGAUCAGAAUCCCAAGAACCAUCAAGUGGAACUCCAGUAAUACCUGUAAUGUCCAAGAUGAUAUUACCUAACUCGGGCAGCUGGACACUUUGUGGUGCUGUUCUCUUGUUCGUCUUGCCGUUGAUUCCAACGUCGGAGGCACUGCAGCACACGGAGGAGGGUCUCGAGAUGCUAUUCCGUGAACGUUCCCAAUCGGACUGGGAGAAUGUGUGGCACCAGGAGACGCACUCCCGCUGUCGGGAUAAGCUGGUCCGUCAGCUUUAUUGGGCUUGCGAAAAGGAUAUUUAUCGACUGACACGGCGCAACAAGAAGAGGACAGGCAAUGACGAGGCUUGGAUCAAAAAGAGCGCCACUGAUCCUGAUGGUUCUACUUGGCUGCAUGUCAACUAUGCCAAUAUGUUCCUAAGAAGUCGCCGAUCUGAUGGACAUACUCCAUCGAUCUCGAAUGAAUGCUGCACCAAGGCGGGCUGCACUUGGGAGGAAUACGCCGAGUAUUGUCCAUCUAACAAACGACGCAAUCACUACUGAUUCUCCAGCGAUCUGCGGCAUCGUUGGAUCUGCUUAGAUAUAUAAAAUCAUCUAUAUAUAUUCGCUUUUUUUUCGUGGUUGUUGUUGAUGUUCUUGUUGUGGUGAAAUAAAGUCUUAUUGAAAAUAAACAGGUUUUGGUUUAAAAAAAAAACACACUUUACUACAUAUUUUACAUUAUAUAUACGAAUAGAACCUAUAUACAGUUUUGAUUCUCUUCGUCAGCUUAGUCUAAAAAAAAAUUACAAGAAUAUGAAAAUGGAAAGACAAGUAGAAAGCUACUUUCAGGCUUUAAAUGGUAUGGAACAUAUAUUUUUUUGCAUUUGGUUUAUAUUUCGUGACCAUUAUAUAUGUCAACUUUAAAUCAAUUCCUCGGAAUAUAACACGAUGUUAAAUAUUAUGAUAACAUGAUAUGAUACAAUAUAUCAGUCAAGCUUUUCAUUCACAUCACAAGUAACAAUAGUUUUAUUCAACAUAUUAAACUUAAUUUUUCUUGCGAUAUAUUAUUUAAAGUUUUAAAUACCUAUCUUGGUUUAACAGUUUA